AUGGCGGAGGCGGGCCAGGCGCCGGCGCUGCUGCAGGUGCGGCCCCCUGCCGCCGCGAGGGGGCCGAGGAGCGCGCCUCGGGAGGAGCACCUGAUCCCCUAUGUGCCCCAGAUCGUGCCCAGCGUGGACCUGGCAGCAGGCGUGGUGUACGUCCAGCCGCCCGCGGGACUGCUGGAGCUGGGCAGGCAGCAGAACCUGCUGGCAACCCUGGAGCGCGACUUGGAGCCCUUCACUCAGCCCGCCCCGCUGAGCGUGCUGCAGCGCAUGGGGCUGCGCACCAUGCCCACCUCGGCCCAGCUGGAGGCGGCGGGGCGGCGAGACCUGGUGGCGGCGGUGCGCGCGGCAGGCGGCUUCCUGGAGGUGGCGCAGGCGCUGGGGCUGCGCAGCCAGCGCAAGCCUGCCGGCUACUGGGAGGACGAGAUGAACCUGGAGCUGACCCUGUUUGUGGCGGCGCACUGGUCCAAGUUCAAAGAUCCCGACAGCCGGCAGAGCUACUGGUACAACCAGAUCACGCACCGUAUCAGCUGGGAGGAGCCGGUGCUGCCGCAGCGCAUCGCGAUUGACGACGAGGGAGGGUACAUCGUCACGGAAGCGGAGGAGGACCGCGUGAUGCCCAGCCGCUCCGCGCUGCAGGCGGCGGGCAGGUACGACCUGCACCACGCCGUGAUGCUGCACGGCGGCUACACGGUGGCUUCUCAGUCCCUGGACCGCCGCCCCGCCUGGCCCCCCUCCCAGCACCUGGACAGCCUGGCCGCCCUGCGCCAAGAGCUGCGCCAGUUUGUGUCUCAGACCGGCCUGCGCCGCGGCUGCCUGCCCACCGCCAGCCAGCUGCUGGAGGCGGGGCGGGGCGACCUGUACCAGGCGAGCCGGUGGGGAGGCGGGGCCAUCGUGCGGCGCGGCGGGUUCUGUGCUGCCGGGCAGGCGCUGGGUUGGGAGACGCAGCGCCGGGGGCGGCGGGCAUGGGCCGAUGCGGCGGCUGUGGCUGGCGAGCUGCGGCGGUUCAUCCUCGACACCCAGUUCCCUCCCAGGGCCGGCAGCACGCCGCAGGGCAGGCUGCGGCGUGGCAGCCCUGCACGCAGCCAGGCCGGGGAGCGGCAGGGGCAGGCGCUGGAUGCCCAGCCGCUGCCGCCAGGCGCACGCAUGCCCACGCAUCUGCAGCUGGCCAGCGCUGGGCGCCACGAUCUGAAGUAUGCGCUGCAGCUCCACGGCUCCGCCAGCAUUGCCGCCAUGCUGGGCCUGCAAGGCAACACCCAGGGUGCGCACAACCGCAGCAGGGCGCGGGAGGCGGCAGACCCACACAGAUAG